AUGGUCUUGUUGACGACUUGGACAGCAACCACAAGCACAUGUGGACAUCUAACCGCGGCGCAAUCUUUCUUCCCGAUAUCAGUGACGAGUAUCUCCGCUGCGCAAUACAAGAUGCCAGAGGGACUUCACUCAGCAAUUUGGAGCUUGCGACCUGCAACGGUGCGGCAGGCGAUGUUCCCAUCGCUCCGCGGUAUGCGGCGCCCCCUCGACGCUGCAAACGCAAAAUGGUGUGUCAAAGUGGCAAGCUCCAUUUGUAAAGACAAUCCAAAGCAUCCUGGACAAACUGCCGUCACAAAUACCCUUGCUUGUCCUCAACAACAGCAGCGAGGUUUACGCGCAGGACUUGAUGGAUCCUGCAUACGCAAGCAUGCCAGGGCGACACGGCCCAAUUUCCCUAUGAAUACUACUCCUUCGCACCACACAGUCCACCCGGCCAAGUGGCGUCGGGGUCGGCAGCCGGAACUCGGGUCGGGUUUCGGCUGGGAAGAGAUCAACUCUGGCGGCAACAUUGAGACGAUCCCUGCCUACGUCUCCCGAUCCGGCACUGCUUACCGAAACAGACGGUUUUUGCCUCGCAACACGCUGGGGUUCAGAAUGGCCAUUCCGGACACAACCCCUGCCUUGGAGCUCUUCAGAAAGCUCAACGACACUGGUCAAGGGGAGCAUCCAUUCUCAGCUUCGAGGGCGAUGGCGCCCGACAAGGACGCCAGCUUUGUCGACUCUAGCUUUCAUGAUAGAACUGUUGCAUCGUUGUUGUCCGACGAAAGGUUUAUUCAGGCGAACACUUGCGCUCAGAAUUUUCUAGACACAGAUUUGGCUCUUCUCCUGCAGGAAUUACCCAUUGAGGAAAAGGACGUCGUUGGCGUCCCAACGCUGUAG